GUUUUCCGCUUCUUUUGUCCUGAAGAUUUCAUUUUUAGUUUAGGGAGUGGGUGUUCUGAUGGUUUUUUUGUGCUUUCUCACGUCAUCAUGGAUGGUUUGCUUGAAGAUAAUUUGUGGUGGUAACUCUGAUGCUCGAGUAACCUUGAUUUCUUGUCAAGCUCGAAUUAUGUAGGAAGUAGAGAUCGAUUUGUUGUUGUUUCGUUCUUUUGUUUUUGGGAGUGGCAUCAUGAAAGUUCUUGGAGGGAGUUUGUAUUGACAGCUUCGGUUCUUGAGUAACCAUGAUUUCUUGUUUUCUUGGCAUUUGCUUGGUGUGUUCUUAGCUUCUGCGAGAUAUCACACUUCAAAACGAAUCUUUACUGAUAAUCUCUGGUAAGAUUCACUACUUUUAUCUAUUGCUUAAGAUGCUUAGGGAUUUCGCUUGGGCAUGGUAAAACAAAUGAAUCUGUCUCUCAGAUGAGAAUCAUGGCCAUCUCUCGACCUCAUAUUUUCGGUACAAUUCAGAAUAGCUUCCUUCGAAACAAUUUUAGGGAUUUUUUUUUAACUUCAAUUUGUAUUGUUCUACUUAAUUUUACAGCUCAAACCUCUUUAUGUUGUUUUCUAGCUCAAUUUUGGCCCUUAACUUAGUAGAAUUAAUCCAUCAGUUUCGUAAAAGUUAAUUCAGCUAAAUUCAACUUGGUCUUCUUGUAAGAUAUGAGCAGGUCAGAUUACGGAGUAUACCAUUACAGACGACAAAAGAACUCCUUACUCUUGAUUUGAUUCAAAAUUAUGUUUCUUUUAUUGUCAUUAAGACCGGAAAUCUUCUUUUUUCCAGCUCAACCUCGGUUCACCAAAGAGAUCAAAGAGAUGGGAAGGGGUAAGAUUGAGAUCAAGAGGAUCGAGAACACCACCAAUCGCCAAGUCACAUUCUGCAAGCGGAGGAACGGGUUGCUGAAGAAAGCUUAUGAAUUGUCUGUGCUUUGUGAUGCCGAGAUCGCCCUGAUCGUGUUCUCCAGCCGCGGCAGACUUUACGAGUACUCCAACAACAAAUAUUGGUCUUCCAGCAUAAAAUCAACAAUUGAGAGGUACAAGAAGGCAUGUGCUGAUAGUUCAAAUUCAGGUGCCAUUGUAGAUGUCAAUUCCCAACACUAUUAUCAGCAAGAAUCUGCAAAACUGCGCCACCAGAUCCAAAUAUUACAAAAUGGAAACCGGAACUUAAUGGGUGACUCUCUAAGUUCUCUAAGUGUCAAGGAGCUUAAGCAACUAGAAAACCGACUCGAAAGAAGCAUCACAAGGAUCAGAUCAAAAAAGCAUGAGUUGCUGUUUGCAGAAAUUGAGUAUAUGCAGAAAAGGGAAUCGGAGCUACAAAGUGACAAUUCCUACCUGAGAGCCAAGAUAGCAGAGAAUGAACGAGCGCAGCAGCUAAGCAUUAUGCAAGCAGGGACCGAGUAUUAUACUCUUCCAACGUUUGAUCCCAGGAACUACUACCACACAAAUAUGUUGGAGGCAGCAGCCGAUUACUCGCAUCACCAAGACCAAACAACUCUCCAUCUUGGCUAUGACACUAAAACUGAUUCUGCUGCAUGAAGUUAAUUCUUAUGGAAUAGCUUCCUUGUUGUUAUGAGGUGUUCAUGGAGAUAUAUCAGAAGUCAGAAUUAUCUUUGACAAACUGUCUUUCUUGAGAUCCUGUUGCUUACUACUACUACUACAUGUCUUGACAUAAAUCAUAUCAACUGUAUUAGAUGGCAGUUGCAGA